CCCUGGUUGAGCCGAUCUAGAUAUCCUGUCCGGAAGCAGUCUCUUCUUUUAUCAGGAAGUUUGGGCGGUGGUUGAACAGCCAUCGGUUUUUUUGGGUUCCAGGUAAAAUCACAACAGAGCCAACAUGUCCAGCAAAAGUCGUGUGAAGGCAAAGACUGCCAGGAAGCGCCCUCAGCGUGCCACCUCAAAUGUCUUUGCUAUGUUUGAUCAGUCACAGAUCCAGGAGUUUAAGGAAGCCUUCAACAUGAUCGACCAGAAUCGUGAUGGCUUUGUGGACAAGGAGGAUCUGCAUGACAUGCUGGCAUCUCUGGGUAAGAACCCGACUGAUGCAUAUUUGGAGGCGAUGAUGAAUGAAGCUCCUGGGCCCAUUAACUUCACCAUGUUCCUCACCAUGUUCGGAGAGAAACUGAAUGGCACUGACCCAGAAGACGUCAUCCGCAACGCCUUUGCCUGCUUUGACGAGGAAGGAACCGGCUUUAUCCAGGAAGACUACCUGCGGGAGCUUCUGACCACGAUGGGUGACCGCUUCACAGACGAAGAAGUCGACGAGCUCUUCAGGGAGGCCCCAAUUGACAAGAAGAACAACUUUAACUAUGUGGAGUUCACACGUAUCCUCAAACACGGAGCCAAAGACAAGGAUGACUAAAUCCAGAAACCUCCACGCAUCAUGAGUCCUUCCUUUUUAAUCUUUAUUCUCAGCUAAAGGAGCUUUAUCUAAUGUUUCUGAAAAUAUUCUGAGAUAAAUGCCAACCUCAAAUCUGCCUGGCUGCUCCGUUUCUGUGAUUUAUUUUAAGGUAAACUUUAAGGGGGAAAUGUGUCUAGAUUAAGACUUAAUCACUGAACAUGGUAGGAUAAGUAUUUUUAUCACCCUGUUGCUGAAGUUGUUUUGUAUUGAAAAUGUUUAGUACUGGACACAGCACAGUGGUUUGAUUAGGGGGUGAGGGAGUCAUUGGUUGUGGUUGGUUUAACAGUGGGUUACUUCACACUCUUUUAAAUCCAUACAUGUGUUAAAUUGGGUUUUGUAUAUGCAUUAUUAAUUAGGAUAUUUGAUGGUAUAUAUUUUAGGUCUUUUUCUAAGUUUCCCAUUAAAGUUUACCUUCCAGUAAAUUCAGGACACUUAAUUUGGAUGCAGCAGAACUGCACAUAACAGUAUAGGACCUCAUAUAGGUUCAGUAUCUCAGUGCUUUAAAUGUGGUAAAAUGUGAAGUGGUGGUGGGGUCUAUAAGCAUGUUUGCUGUUAUGUCCCAAUCUAUCUGAAUUUUUACAUUGUAUAAUAAAUAUGAACUUUUUUUCAAUAAAUUACUCAAAUUGUA